AUGUUUUUUGUCAUUGAGCGCUGGGAAUCGGUCGCCCUGCGGCCCUCCCAGCUGGGCCCCGAGUAUCUCGCCAGCGUGGAGGCACUGCUGCGACAGCAAGUGGAGGGGAAGUGUCUGCAGAGUGUGGGGUAUGUUGUUUGCGUCAUUCGCGUACUUCAACAUCUUCCAGGGAGAAUUCAGGACUCCACAGGGCUUGUUGUUGUGGCUGCAAAGUACCAGGCCAUCGUUUUCAAACCAUUUAAGGAAGAGGUUUUAGAUGCAGUGAUAACUGAUGUAAACAAACUCGGCCUCUUUGCACAGUGCGGCCCCUUGAAGGUCUUCGUCUCGCGGGCUUCUCUACCCCCCACAUACACAUUUCAGGAAGAAGACGCAAUGCCGAGCUUCUCAGAUGGAUCUCUGGCCCUGCGUUCUGGAGGCGAAAUUCGCCUCAAGCUGCUGGGCGUUCGGUUUGAGGCGAGCCAAAUAUUUGCAGUCGCAACGACCAAUGCAGACUACUUGGGGCCCAUCGAACCCAGAGAGACUUCAGCAGCAUAA